CCUACGUGCAGUAACGCUGACUCCAGAGCUCACCCGUUAGGCGAUGAAGGCGGCGCAGCGUCGAAAAAACAAAAGAAUAAGAAGAAAACCCGGAACAGGGCCUCUGUGGCAAAUGGAGGCGAGAAGGCCUCAGAGAAACCCGCCCCAGAAGAAGUUCCCCUAAGCGCUGAGGCCCAGGCACAACAGUUGGCCCAGGAAUUGGCUUGGUGUGUGGAGCAUCUGGAGCUAGGCCUCAAGAGGCAGAAACCCACCCCGAAACAGAAAGAGCAGGCUAUUGGAGCAAUUUGAACCCUGCGCAGCAGAAGAACGCCCCUGCCUCGGAAGAGGCAGCUGAUGCACUCCUUAUUUGGAGACUAUAGGGCUCAGAUGGAAGCCGAAUGGCGUGAGGCCCUGCGGGCUCUCAGAGCUGCUGCUUAUUCAGCCCAGGUGCAGCCUGUAGAUGGAGCCACCAGAAAGAAGAGCCGAAGGGUCUGCAGGCCUCGCCCUACGUGGACAGCCAAAGCCACUCUGGACGUUCCUGAUGAAGAGUUUAGGUUCAAUUUCUUUUAGCUUCCCCAACCUGAAACAAUCCCCCUACCUUUGGGUGGUAUAGGGGUUUGUUUUGAGUGCAGAGCGUUUCCAGGACUUCUGUUGUCAGAGAACCCUGGAGUUGGUCUGUCUCUGGCUGGUCCAAGGAUUUGUAGCUGUUGUGAAGGUGUGAGACCAUCAGACAGGCAAAAGACCCCAUUCGUUUUCUGAUGAAAUGUUCUCUUUCAGAAGACAGAGAGAGGUACAUUUAGAAAUUAUGGUAUAAAUUGAAGUGAGUGUUCAAAGUAUUGUAGAAAGAAUAUUGUACUCAGUCUUUAGGAUUAGAUUAAGUGGCUGUUGGUAACAAAGGUUAGUGGAGAAGCUAUAUAAUCGUACACUGGUUUUCGCUUUUGAAAGGAAUCCCUGUCAAAUGGUUUGGUGCUUAAUGCUGUUAUGUCACAUUGCCCUAAUCUCUAUUUUUGAUAAAAUUGGAUAAGGA